UCUCGUUGUGUUUCUAAUCUCUCUCUCCCUUGCUUCACUACCGCCCAUUUGGAGAAAAUAAAUUCCGGAAAUUAUCGGAACUUCAGCAGCCGCCUGGUCCCUCUGACUCUGUCCGGUUCUUUCACCACCGCUGUUCCUCCUGCUCCUCCUGCUCCUGCUGCUCCACACACACGGAAGCCUGUUGUCUCCUCUGAUGCUCAGCAUCACCUAUAGCUGCUAGGGUCAGAGCCGUGGUGGUUCCUGGUCGAUUUAUUUAUUUCCAUUGAUUUAUUUUAUGAAAAAAAACUGUUUACUUUAAUAUAGUCCGACAUGGCAACCCAAAUCGACAAAGAAGCUGUUAGAGAAGCUUACAACGACGUAAGGGACGACAACACAGAAACAAACUGGGCGGUCUUUAAAUAUGAGGGCACCAUGAUUGUUCCUGCGGGUCAAGGUACCGACUUCGAGGAUUUCAAGAAGAUGUGCACAGACGACGCUCGUCUGUUCUGCUUCCUCAGAUUCACAACAGGAGACGCCAUGAGCAAACGGGCCAAGUUCACGCUCAUCACCUGGAUCGGAGACAGUAUCAGUGGACUGCAGCGCGCCAAGAUCAGCACCGACAAGUCGCUGGUCAAAGACAUCGUGCAGAACUUUGCUAAAGAGAUCGUCAUCAGUGACCCCAAGGAGCUGGACGAGGACUACAUCAGGGAGGAGCUGAGGAAGGCGGGCGGAGCUAACUACGACGCCCAGGCGAUGUAGAGCGGUGCCACUGGAACCACUGAGACGGGGGGGGCGGAGUCGGGGAGGUUUGAGGGUGGGACUGUGUGGGUGGGCUUUUGGGAAGGGGAGAGUGUUGGGGCAAGGCUGCCACCUUCAGAGGAGGGGGGGACGGAGCAUCUAUAGGUAAAUCCUCUGUAAGUUCAAGUCACAGAAAUUGGACUGGAAUCAAGGAUUCUAGAAAUGUUGAGCACGACAAAAAAAAAAACACCAAAUACCAAAGUCAGGGAAGUUCCUCUGAAAACAGGUCCAUCAGUACCAGUAGCAGAACCUAGCAGUUCCUGUAUUGGAACUCUCUAGUCUGGAAUAUUUGUCUCUGUGCUAGGUGUAGCUCAGUUAAGCUAACUGAAAAGCUAACCUUAAGAUAAACUGAACAAAUUUGACUCAAAUCUUAAGAAUGAAAAUAAAUAAAACAUUUUGAGAAGCUCCGCCCUCUCCUCAGUCAGCUCGUGGUUGGUGGUCUACUCUGCUGUGCGUCAUCAUCUCAUUGGUCACUCUGCUGACAGGUCACAUGACGUCCAUGUCUUUUUUUUUUAGUAAUGAGGAUGAAAUCGGGGGAGGGGCUUAGCGUGAUUAUGGAUUAAAUCAACUGGAUGGAAAGUGACUUCAAAAUAUGCACUUUGUAGUUACACACUGAUCUUCCACCAGGGGGAGAUCUGCAACAAUUUUAUCAGGAACUCACGGAAAAGGUCGCCUGUGACUGUAGAGUUUAGGGUUAGCACCAGUUAGCUUCAGUUAGCUCUGGGACACCAGUGCUAACUGAAGUUAGUUUUAAUAUGAAAACAUUGACAACAAACUGAUGACUUCAGUCGGCGACGUCGUUUACUCACCCGCCUCGAUUUGUCCUCAUUUCAUGCCUCAACUUCAGUGCUCUUGUGCCCCCUAGUGGAGGCAGGCAUCACUGUGAGAAUUACUGUUUUAGACCCCCAAAUAGGCUUAGACAGGAACAGGUUUCAAAAACCACUGACUAAAAUUCAGCCCCAAACCGUUCCAGAGCCUCCUCCACGACACUGGAGUUUUUUUUAUCUCUUUAAUUUUUUUUAAAAAAGAAGCACAUUUCAGACCUUUCCAAAAGUUGGUCUGAAGAAAUAUUUGCUGUCGACACAGGUCAGAAGUAGGAGAGUGCACAAUUACUAGUUCUUCAGAUGACGUCAGAGGUCCGAGUCCUUCAGUUAGACACAGGGCCGACCGUAGAACCUGGGUUCUCAGAUGUUUGGGGAUCUUUUCUUUGGUGGUUUCAUCUCAUUAAACAAACGGUUCCGGUGCAACAAGGACCACCAUGGGUGGGGGAGGGGGGGUCUGUGCACACUACACUGUGAUUCAUUCUGUUCUCUACAUGUGAUGGGCAGUGGUAUUGUCAUACCCUCACCUGAAGACAGGGGGAGUCGUUUCUCAGUUGUAGCAUCUUGAUGAUUCCCGCCGUCCUCUCUUCCCCCGGGAACAAUCGGUUCUUUUUUUAGUUGAAUUUCAUUUCUUUUAAGGCUUAAACAUUUUUAUCAGAAUGUUAUCUUUUGGUGGAAGAGAUUUUCUGAGAAAAACAAAGGCAAAAAAGUAAAAAGAAAACUGGCACAAAAUCAGACAUUUCAAAAAUAAAAUUUGAAGUUUUCUUUUACAAA